UUGAUUUGUGUUUGUCAACAUCACGUCAACAUUGUACCUAUCGAUUUUCCGUGAAAAUUAAAGUUUCCGGAUGUAUUGUGAUAAUUUCCACGUUAUCAAUAACACUUCUUUAUCAUAAUAAACUUUUACAUGUCGCAUUACAUUUACCCGAAACCGGUUCUAAUUCGCGAAAUUUUUUGCGACACAUUUCACUCUAUCAUUAAUUUUAAGUGCGUGCGUGUUGUCGGAAAUUAAUUAGGCAUUGGAUCACAUAUUUUAAUUAGUGUCAUGCUUUAAAAGUCAAAGUUCAAAGCGGGCCGUGUCCGCACUACUUGUUAGUGCAUAGUGAAAAAAAUCAAUAGAACUGCAAUCUGGUUGCUAGGUAUUCCAAAACGUAAUGCAGUAAACACAUUACAUGCUUAGAAUGUUGCACAAGUAAAUAUAACUGCUACGAUGGAGGGAAUUAUAUCUCAAAGAGUGACACCGAUAUUAAAAUGUAUGGUUUUGUUUUUAUUUAUAUUUACCGCUAAGGUAUUGACGUCGCGACCGCAGGAUUCGCAUGAUUCGAAGAACGAGAUCCACCAAUUCAAAUCUCCACACUAUGUAAGGACUUUCACGAAGUAUCACCACAGGAGGCCGAUCCAGAAGAAUAAUGUACAAGAUGCAAAUUACUGGCCAGAAGUAAAAGUUGUAGGGAAAAGAAGUGUUGAUAUUCCAUAUUCAAAUGAUUUCAUUAGUAACUACUGGCCAGUUAGACAGAUCAGUGACCAAAGUUCUGAUGUCAACAAAAAAGUUAUUAAAAAAAGAAGUAUAGAUGCCAGUUCUGAUUCUGAAAUAACAAACUGGCCAGAUUCUGUGAUAGAAAAAAGGAGUUUGGAUAUGCAAGAAUUUGUCCAUGAUUCUGAUGAGACAAAAAUGAGUGAAUUUGCUUCUAAUACAAGAGAUAUGGUGGGCUCUUUUGAAAAAACUGCAAUAAGUUCUAGUAAGAAUUCUUAUGAGACCAAAAACAGUUUGUCAAACCAAGCUGAGAAGCAUAAAGUGAAAGCUGCUAUUAUUGUUACGGACCCUCCAACAACAAUGGGGCCGUCCAUAACUUGUCUGUACAAAAUCCACAGUGUUUCCAAAAGUGUUACACCGUCAUAUGAAGAUGAUGCAAAUGCCCAGUUAAUGGUGGAAAAUGACAGCUAUGUGACAGGCCCGAUAUCAGAGACGACCCUUCCGAAUGGAGAUGUGGUGCAGGUGGAGCAGUGCUCCAAUCCUCGUCCAUCCUGCUAUGCUCUUUGGCAUCAGGACGACUUCGGGAACAUCACCAUAUUGGGCCAAGGUUGCUGGCACUCCUCCCAGAUGAAGGGGCUCAGUUCCUGUGACAAGUGUACUCCGGUGCAGGCCCUGUUACCCAGAUCCAAGUUCUGUUGCUGUACGCAUAGCUUCUGUAAUGCUGACUUCUUGUCCAUGAGAACCGAAUCGGUGACGGUUAAGGCUGAAUCCACGAUGGACACGUCGCACGCUCCGAACGGGUACGCCAACGUGUUCGCGAGCGGCGCGAUGGCGGCCGCCGGGCUGCUGCUCACCGCGCUGCUGCUGAGGAAGUUCUACUGCCGGAACAGGGAGAAGGACGACUUGGCUGAUGUCGAGAAAGGCGACGUGAUGGGCAGCGGACCUGACUCUCUGGCCACAGGGCUGUUGUGCGUGGAUAAUCUGACGCUCAUUGAACAUAUUGGUCAAGGCAAGUUCGGGUCGGUGUGGCGAGGCAGCCUCGGCUCCACUCCGGUGGCGGUCAAACUCUACAGCAACGCGUCCGCUUGGCAGAGGGAAGCGGCUAUAUAUACUCUGCCGAUGAUUGCUCACGAGAAUUUACUCCGAUAUUAUGGAAGCGACACCCGCCCCACCCUCACGGAGGGCGGCGGCCGGGAGCACCUCAUUGUCCUGGAGCUUUGCCCCUUGACGCUGCGCGCGCGGCUGCAGCAGCGGCCGCUGUCGUGGCCGGAGUUCGCCACCAUCGCGCACGGGCUGGCUUCGGCGCUUGCGCAUCUACACGCCGCCACGCCGCUGAAGCCGUGCGUGGUGCACCGCGACGUGAACAGCAGCAACGUGGUGCUGACGGGCCGCGGGCACGCGCGCCUCGCCGACCUCGGCCUCGCGCAGGCUCUGCACGCCUCGCAGCGGCCGCAGGACCACACCAGGAUCUCGGAGGCCGGCACUCUCCGCUACCUGUCCCCGGAGGCGCUCGAAGGAGCCCUGGACCUGAGCGGAGCCCGAGCUGCCCUCUGCGCCGUUGACGUCUUCGCCCUCGGCCUCGUUCUAUGGGAGAUGCUGUGGCGGUGUUCCGGAGCCCACAGGGGUGCUACGCCCCCUUACGCGAUGCCGUACGCCCAUCUAGGAUUACCGGAUAGUCCCACUCUGCACCAGAUGCAGAGUCUAGUGUCCCGCAACAAGGCGCGGCCGCCGCUGCCGCGCGGCGCCGGGCCCGGCGCGCGCGCGCUGCGCGUGGCGGCCGACACGUGCGACGAGUGCUGGGACCACGACGCCGAGGCCAGGCUGACAGCGGUGUGCGUUGAAGAACGAAUGGCCGAAUUGAAACAGAUGCUUCAGACGCACGGGCCGGUCAUUCACGACAACAAUCUGCAUCCACACCCGCCGGAUGCGACCAACACACACCAGGAACCGGACAAAAACUCCAACUGCACGACAAACCAAACGUGUGACGUCACCACCCCCCUCCUCUACCCCCACCCGCACAUCGGCCGCAACGCGUGCAUAGAACGAAACACGCACACACAAACACACACAGUAGAACUCAUACACAAAAGUCUCAAAGACAUAACGGUGACGGAAACGCCGCGAACGCAGAAUAUAGAAGAGAAUUGCAUAUCUGUAGCGCGAAAUACUCAUAGGCCAAUUCCAGAGAAUUCCAUGAACGAAAUCCGGUCGUAUCAGAGACCGUUAGAGUACGUUCCGAAUGAUGUUAGCAACCACGAUAUAGAUCGAGGACCGAAACAGACAAAUUUGCUUAACGACGUGAAAAUUGAAAAGCCUAAAUGGGGUAUCAAAAGAUUUUUCGAUAGAUACAAAACUCACAAAGACACCGAAGUGAAGUUAGUACCUGAAUCGAGUUUGCAGAACGGUCGCACUCAAACCUCGGUCGUGGAAAAACCGACUAAUUUCGAAAGACCGACAAAUUUGGUUCUCAGUCAAGAACGGACGACUUAUAACUUUGAACCGUGUACCUUAUCGCCGCCAAAUAGGACUCUAUCGCCCACUAUGAUGAUGGAAUCAGAUUUGAAUAGAGAAAAUAGAGUAUUUAACUUCAAAGAGUUACCGGUAGACGAUGGCCGCAGUCAAAAUCAAGUAUUCGCUGUAAUCGUACCUAAAACUAUGCCUGCUGUUGAAAUGAGAAAACCGGGCGAUAGUUCUGAGAGUAUUACCAAAUUUAAAGGUUCAAUGUCUUCACAGAGCAUUUUCAAAUCUGGAAACUCUGAGUCUGAAGACUCGACGGUUAAGAAACGUUUGAGUUGCGAUAAUAAGAUCAUUGAAUCGAAUGUCACUAACAGUGGACGGUCAUCUAGGGCAAGCAUCAAUUUAGAACUACAAUACAUUAACGGACAAGCCGACAAUUAUAAUGAUAGUCCGUUCGAUGUCAACUCUGAUUGUUCUAGUAGCGAAGACGAGCAUCUGAUGUUGCUGUCUGAAAACGGAACGAAAAUCACAAUGCAGACUAUAAGCAAAGAUAACGAUAAGAAAAUAUAUCAAAAUGAAGUGUUGAAAGAAGCGAGCCAAGUAACUGAUUUCGGUUUCAACAAAUAUCACAAUAAAUACACGAAUUUCGACAACGAAUUCAGCGAUCCGAACGAUAAAGAGAAUUUGGUGACUUACAGCGGCGAUAAUCCUGUUUAUUUGGCCGCGUUGAACGGCGAGAUCGAGACGGACUUGAAAUAUCUUAAUCCUGAAGUGGAGACUAGUCCGAAAUCACCGAAACCUUGUUUAAAGAAUCUUUCAAUCAAACGGCAGCGCUCUUUGGAGCAAGUGUCUGAAAUAUUUUCAUCAUCUGGUGAGAUAAAUUUGCAGAAUCCAGCUGGUAGAGUGAAAACUCCUGGAGAUUUGCCGGUGGCGGUCCGGAGGGCUAGGAGAGACAGGGUGUUGCAGAAAGGGAAGGUGAAUGAGUGUAAUAGACUCAGUUUGUAUGAUGACAGAAUGAUGUUUGGUAACAGCUUGUGAAUUAAUAAUUUGACAUGACAAGAUCGAGAAUUUUAGAGUAAAACUCUUAAAUAAAGAUUCGGUAAGUAGAACUAAAUGAAGUUAAUGAAAGCGCGCAGAUAUAUACAAAUUGACCAAUCAGCUCGCGUUGUUUUAAAAUAGACAGCUGUGAUUGGUCAGUUUCGAUUUAACACAGAAACUGACUUAUCAGGACGCGUUGGUGACAAAAAGCGUGUUGUGAUUGGUCGGUUUCAAGAAGAAAUUGACCAAUCAGGUCGCCUUUGCAAAGAAUGUAUAGUUGAUUUGUUGUUUGGGAAGCUCGCUUGGAAAAAAUCACUAAUUACUGAGCCAGAGGUCUUUAAUAGUACAUUUUCUAAAUCAUUUUUCAUUUAAUAUAUUAAAAUCACCUUUUCUAGAGUCGAUAAAUAGCGUUAUAUUAUUAUAAAUAAAAUUAUAUUUAUACUAACUUAGAAUUCCUAAAGUAUAUGCAGUUUUGCUGUUUAUUAAAUGUAAACAUUAUACAUAUUUGUGUAUUAUAAUUCUGAAUGCUCUGGUUCGGCAGCUUAACUAAUCAAAUAUAUAAAUGUACCUUUAUACAUAUAAUGUAAUCUGUAUUAUAUAUAUUAUAAUAGCACUUUAUGAAAUGUAUUACAUGAGCUUUAACUAUGUAGAAAACAAACAUCACAUUCUCAAAUAAAAAAUAAUGAAAAAGGAAAAGCUAUAGUUCCCCUUAAAAUAGUGCAAUAAUAUAAGUUGUUAUAUAAAAAGAGGUAUGAAUGUUGCUUAAUAAAUAGUAGAAAUAUUACCAAAACGCGAUGAAUCAAAUAUUAUUUUAGUAAUGAAGUAAAAAUAGAUUUUAUUCAAUCAGACAUUUCAAGAUAAUUAAGUUUUUUUUUUUGUUAUUGUAGUAUUAUUGUAAUACCUUUAUAAAACUAAAUUCAGUUUAUUUCAUCAAAUUAUUAUAAAAUUGCCAUUGUAAUUUUCAGAGUAACGCCACACUACAUUUUAUUAAAAUUUAACUUUUUUUUACUCAUAUUAUAAAUACUAAUCUUCCAUACUCUUUACUUUUGGAUAUUUACGAUAAGUCUGCCAUUUUUUUUUUUCAUUAAUUGUGCUGUAAUUUUUGUGUUUUUUUUAUUCGAAAUUAAAAAGUAUACAAACACUUGUAUAAAUUGCAGCUCAUGUAAUACAUAUACUGCAUACGUUUUAAAAGCGGCGUAGGCGCAGCACGGAGAAAUUAUAAUGACGGGAUUGGGAAAGGAUAACUUUAAUAUUUUAAUUAUUUUUUUAAAUCCAUUUUUAGGUACUGAAAUAGAGGUACCUAAAUCAAUCUUGAAAUUUAUUUUAAUCAUAAUAUUUCUAUAAAAUUUACAUACAUACGUCACAUACAUAAAAAAAACGCCCUAGCGAUUGUAAUCUUAUGUGUCAUCUUUGCAUUUAUAGAUAAGCUCCAUUUUUUUUAAUAAUUGUUUUUGGUGCGUACGUGACGUUUCGGAUGCAAAAUAACUAACGCCAAAAAUCGUUAAUGGUUCUACAACUGGCAACAUUUUUGAAAUUUAAUGUCGAGAUAUCGAUCAGUAAGAUGUUUAGACAAACAUCCUAUCGGAUAAAAUCUGUAGAAAAAUGAAUGUGUCAAUAGUUGGCGAUAGUCUUUGUGGGAAAUUUAUUUUUAUUUUGUCCCUAGUUUGUACUAAAGUAAUUGAACCACUCACUUAAUAUAUCUAUUGAGAAAGAUUUUUUAUCAUGACCUGUUCGGAGUUCGAAUCCGAGACCUUUGUAACUCAAUUAUUUAUCACUGCACCAUAAAGGUUAUUUUGAAUCUGAGAGACCGACAUUAAAAAAAACGCAAGUACAUUGAGAAAAUCUUUUUAUCUCUUAUUUUCUUUAUAGAUAUGUUUUUAAUCUUUUAACGAUCAUUUUAACGAGUUAUGGUUAAAAUAAAAUUAAAAUUUUCUGCUGGAAGAAAGUUUAUUCUGCACAUUUUAUAUUAUAAAUUUGCAAAACAAGAAAUAAUUAUUAAAUUUUAAUUUAACAUUAAGUACCUUUAGUUACUUUCUGUUGUAAUUACAAAUAUACCUCGCAUUUGUCUUUAAAUUGAUAUAAACAUUUUCACAUUCCAUUAUACCAUAUUUUUUAGGUUUGUAGCAAGUUUGCAAUAUACCACAUUGCAAUUUUCGGGUCCGCAUAAAGACCAGUAAAUUUAAAUGGAAUAAUAUAAAGUUCGCAUAACGUUUUUAGCAUGAUUUUCAUUACGCAUAACUUUAUAUAUGUAAAUCUUUAUGCCAAACGUUGAUUAUGCCAAAAUAUGUCGAAUCUAAUUUUGGUAAAAAUAAUUUUUAUUUGAAGAGAUAUGUGCAAACUUGCUACGAAUUUUACAACGUUUCCGUAAUAGACUUUUUCUAUCUGUCUGUUUGUAAGAGUUUCUUGUUGAUCAGAAAAUUCAUAUUUUUUUAUAGUUAUGUUUAGUGUAAAAUUAUUUUAAGUUUUUACCCCAAAUGCGUUGAAAUACUCGUAUCACCAAUAAUUGUUUUUAUAGCAAUUUCAGUUAUCCAUUGAAAAAGGAACUAGUUUAUAUUAUGUACUUUUGUUUGUAUUUACAAUUAUUUACUUAAUGAAUAGUAAUGAUUGAAUUUUUCACAUAAAGUCGACGCACUGGGGUAGCCAAAAUGUGAUCUUUUUUACUGUAAAUAGUUUAAGUUCCUAACACAAGGGCCAUGUUGAUUAUUUUAAAUAUUUUUGUUAAGUUUCCAACAUACCAUUUUUGUUUCAAUCCUGGUUCAAAUACGUAUAUUAAGUUUUAAGUUAAAUUAAGUGGAUUUUUGUGGCGGGCAAAGAAGAAAUGUUUUUUUUUUUGAGAUAUACGUAAAUAUGUAUUUUAACGCUUGUUUUUCGUACAAAUUUAUUUGUAUGGCAUUACACUAAAUAUUGGAUAACAUUGAAUUACUUUCCCAAAUAUGUGCUUGAAUUUAAAUCUGUUUUUAAAUAAAUUAAAAUUCCCAAUAUAAACUUGCCUCCUUUUUACACCGUGUGUAAAUCAGUUACCUGUUAAUUCUUAAUUUAUAGCAUUUAUAAUUAUAAAAAUACGGUACAAAUUGAAAAUAUUUGGGUUAAAAAAUAAAAAUUGACUUUGCCCUAAGUUGUUUUGUACAGUGAUGUCCUUAGGUUUUUGUUCCUUUAUCGAUUGGCAUUACGAUACCCAAAACAAGUUGAUCCAAAACUAACAUCUGUUAACUUGAUACCCAGGCAACUCUCGUGCCGAGUAAUACUUACAUAGGUCAUUUGUGAACAGUCGCUUUUUCGCUGUAAAAUGAAAAAAAGCUCGGCUGGCAGUGUUUUAUGGAUCACUAAGGCCCUGCCUUUAUUUUCGAUUUAACGUUCGAUAAAGUUUUGCAUUGUACAACAUAGUUAACCGCAUGUCAAAUUACCCUGUGUUCGGUACUCUACGCCGCGGUAAUAAAGGCGAAUUUGCAGUGGCGCAUUUGUAACAAGGAGCCUUACGGGGUCAAAUAUAUUAUCACUUACAAAAUAACUGAGGGUCAAGUUUAUGGAAAGAACUGGACCGUUAUCUUUUUUGGCACCAGAUGAUGUUGUAUACCUACGAUUAUGUAUUUUAAGUGCUUGUUGAUGUUACCGAUUGUAAAUGUGGACACUAAAUAUAGUAACUAUGUUUUUUAUA